AUGGUGUGCUGGAUGCAGCAUAAUGUGAGAUCUACGGGUACGUUAUCGGGAAUAUCAAACUACAAGUACGGAUACACGAUAGCUACUUGUCUUUCAUUUUCGACACCAAUGACCAAACCACAUCCACUACUCUCACAGGUACCCCUGAUUGUAUCGCCGUCGAUUCGACCCCCACAAGCCGUGACGCUGCCAUUCGAGUACAAGUCGUUACCGGCCAACAUGCCGCAGGCGGUCAAUGAAGACGAUAUUCUCGACACACUCGGGCAGCUGAGUCAGAAGCUGGAACAGCUGGAGCAGGAUCAUAGAGCCGCGGUAGCGACAUACCAGAGCUGGCGGGAGAACGUGGACCAGCAGACCCGGGAAGAACAGCGCAAGAUUGCUCCUGGAUACCUGGAUUCAGUGGACCGAAUUCUGGUGCCUCAGAAGAGGACCGAAACUGUGGAGCAGGAGCAGGAGAUGGACACCGAGGAGGACGGCAAGGAGGAGGAGCCCGUCAAUGAGCUGGACAAGGCCUUUGGAAAGGUCGGGCUGGAGUAA